AUGGGCUGUGCUGAUAACGAAUGUAUUGCAUCAGUUCGAUGGUCUAUCAGCAAUAAUACUCUGCUGAGCUUAUACUUGGAAGCAUCCGUCCAACUGCUGCUCAAUCAAACCAAUAACAUCUUGGGCACUUAUGUAGCAGUUGGCUUUUCGAAUGACCGAAGAAUGGCUCUGAGCGAUUUUCCAGCUGCUCUUAAGCAGUGCACUGCAUUGGAUAUCAAGAACUAUUGGUUACGGUGCGCUACAGUAACGCGUAGUGGGCUAUUACAGUAUGGUGAAGAUAUGGUGAUUGAAUGCGUGUAUAAUGGACGGGGAGAUGUACGUCCGUUCAUUUCGUACAAUGACGGUCUUCACAAUGCCCAAUUACAUGCGGCAAGUGAAGAGCUGAUCACGGAUGCAAAUUCGUCGAUCAUUGAUGAUUACUUUUCUUGUGAAAUCGAACUGGAUUUCGAGAGACGUGAACUUCUUAGCGCCAUCGACCAACUGAAGACCUCAGAUGUGACAUCAGCACCGUUCUACUUACAACUAGCUCUUGGAUAUGCUGACCCCUACACUUUUGCUAAGAAGAAGCACUCGCUGUGGGAUGGACCCCUGUUUCCGUGGACCUCUUCCGAGGCAGUUUCGUUGCAAAAAACCUCAGCAAAUGGCUACUAUAUCGUUAACGAAGCAACGCAAUCGGUUACACAUAUAUCGAGGAAUCUUACAUACGUUCUCGUAACACUCCAUGGUUUGAUAAUGCUUUGGGCUUGGUGGUUCCUCGUUUCGAAUGCGAUUUUGAUGGCACGAUACUGUAAGAUCGCAUGGCCAUCGACGAAACUUUGCGGUGCCGCUGUGUGGUUCCAAUUUCAUCGAAGUUUCAUGAUUGCAUCCAUUGCGCUACAAAUUGUUGCGUUCUUAUUCGUCAUAACGCAAGCCGGAUUUUCAUUUCACUUUUGGUGUACAAUGCAGUGUACAAUGGAGCAUUUCUCGGUACCAAAACAUACCUGGAGUGGGUUGAUUGCUAUUUCACUCGCUUUGCUGCAACCAUUUUUUGCGACGAUACGGCCGAGUCCGAUAUCCAACUGGCGACAUGCUUUCAACGUUUUGCACUGGCUUGUUGGAAUGACAUCGUUUGUUGUCGCCUCCGUAGCAAUGAUCUCGUCGAUUCCGCUCGGCAAAACUGCACUUGCGAAGCACUAUGGGAAGUUACCGAAUUUCUGGAUGGGCUUAUAUUUGGUUCAUUUCACAGGCGUAUCGAUCAUACUGGAAAUUUUAGUGUCACGAACCGUGAGUAAGGAACGACGCAGAGAUGCCGAAUCUACAGCUUUAAUAUAUUCGAAGGUUCCGACGAAUGAACGACAUCCCAGUCGUACGGUUAAUAUUGUUUGUGUAAGUUCGUUCUCUGAUUGUAUCCGUUUACUGCAGAACAGGCGACUUCGCGCGUUUGUUCUAUUGCUGCACAUGGCUGGAUCGUUCGCGAUUUGUUCGUACAUCUCGAAAAUGAUCAUCGACAAUUAUUUCAGAAGCCAUUGA